UCUUUGACCACCCGCUAUGAUGAGAGCUUUGAGAAGCUUAAGGCUCAUAUCAAGAAGCAACCUCCUGCUGCUUCUACUGAUCCAAGUCCUUCUACCUGUAAACUGGUUGCUCGUUCUUCACAACCAAAAAAGAAACCGGUUAAGCUUGAACCAGUGAAACGACCUCUUCGCGAAGCUUCUCAUUCUGUUUCCGUCGAGUCCUUAUCUUUUGACCAUUCAAAAGAUUCUGAGCGCCAGGCGUAUGAAAGUCGUUCCCGAGGCGACAAAACGGAUGACCAUACCACUUCUGCAUCAUUGGCAUCAGAAACUAAUGAGAACAAUGUUGAAACUAUGGAGAAGAACAUCCAGGAAACAAUUCAUAUAAAUGCUGGGCAGAAAUCGGAUGAGGACCAUAUUCAAACCUCGAAGGAAAGCGAGUCAGGGAAAAGCAAUGCGCAGCUCUUAUCUCCAAUAGUAUCUACUCCGUCGCCCUCAUCUCCCAUCUUCGAUGAAACGGAUAAGCUCCUGGAUGUUCUCAAAGACUCCAUUCCGUCUUUUGACCUUGGUCUUUCCCAACCUCUGAGGAACAACAACUCGAUGAAGGAAACAUGUCUAAAAUUAAUGUCGACGAUAUUACCUCUGUGUUUCCUAAUGUUUGCCUAUGGACAUCAUUGGGUUGUUGUGCUCCACGAUCUGCACCUUCGUCAAAUAGUUGUAUACGAGAGUAUGGAAUACCGUCACUGCCCAUUAUCAUUCCAAACGGAAUUCCAGUCUCUUACCAUAGUGCUUCCUUACCUGAUUAGACAAGCAGCCGCUAACAACCUUAUGGAAACCAUCAAACUUACUCUGUUUGUGCUUGCCGCUGAUGCUGACAUCCUCUCACUUCUGUUUAUAGAACUUCACGCAGAUAACCGUAUACACAACACUGCAACCAUCACCGAUUCACAAAUACAGCAAGCACGAGUUAACUACAUCUUAUCUACUUAUGAGAUAUACGCCUAU